AUUGUGACACUGCUUUUGACACACAACAUUCGAAAAGAUCAUCGAAGGAACAUCUCUUUGGCUCACCCUGUCAACCUCCACUUAUCAAUUACUAGAUAUGAAGAAUUUGAUUAUCUUUACCAUUGUUUUGGGAGCCAUCUUUGUUGAGGGCCAAGACGACUUCCAAGAGGAAACCGACGAAUACUCUGACGGUGGAGCUGCUUGCGAAUGCGGCGAACUCUAUCAACCCGUCUGCGGCCAAAACGGUCAAACCUACUCCAACGCAUGUGAUGCUGAAUGCAAUCAAACCGGUCUUCAAUGUGAAGGAGAGUGCCCUUGCCAAGGAUUUCCAUCUAACUUUGCCACCAAAAACCAAAGACUGUGUCCGUUUGUGAUCAAAAAGGUUUGCGGCGACAAUGGCAAGACCUACGACAACGCCUGCAAAGCUGAUAACGACGACGUGAAAAUCCAAUGCGAAGGCGAUUGUCCUUGCGCAGAGAACGCCGCAGUAGGCUCCGAUGACGAGGGCUGCCCUUCAUGUUGCAGUACCCGAUCCCCUGAGUGCCGAAGGCAACGAGUCGAUUGCUCUCAAUGUAGCCGAAAGUAGAUUAUUUAUCCAUAUAUUUGGAAAUGAUGAAUAAAGACAUUA